GUAAACACCUGCAACUAAGCUUAAAGAAGCAGGUUGGGCAGUAAGGAGCAGAAACAGCUACGUCCAUGUCUGAAUCAGACUGAAAACACAUCUCAGCUAACUCUCCUAUGGACAACUUCAAGCAUCAUUGUGCAUCAAUUCACUACUGAUGAUUGUAACUAAGGAAUAAGCUGGACUCUUAUCCCACUUGGGCAAAAAUUAUUUACUAACUUGGAGGCUGGUUUUGUGAAACCAGUUACACAAUUGUAUCAGACUGGCUGUUUGAAGAACCUCAGAGAACUGCCACUUCCUCUUGCGAAGACUAUAAAACUUGCUGCCACCAAAAUUAAUCAAAAGUUCUAGAAGAUGGAUGAAGAUGGAUAUAUGAGAAUAGAUCCAAGUAAGAGAGACUAUCCCUUGCCAGCCAUUAAAGGAAAGAAAGAUCCUUCAGUGAAUCCUCUCGUAUGGAAAGUUCUGCUUGGCAUUUCAACUGUGGGAAACGUGGCCCUGGCUAUGCUUUUGAUUGCUCUCACUCUUCCAGCUUCAGAGAAAUUCAGUGAACCGAAUCUUCUAUCAAAGCCAAUCCCCAGUUGCCUGAUGAAUUGUAUUCCUUGUCGAUCGGCUAAGGACAGCGAUACAGCAAAUCUGACCCUGGAUCCAAACACAGCUCAUCCCAAGCUCUACGUAUCUCCUGAUUUGAAAAGUGUUAGAUGGACUGGAACGAAUAAGCAUAUGAACAGCAGUCCUCUGAACUAUGAUGUUAUGGAUAGUGUCCUUAGCCACCAGGGCUUCAAUUCUGGGAAGUGGUGCUGGGAGGUGGAGGUGGUAGAGGGAGGGGACUGGUGGGCUGUGGGGAUUGCUAGAGAGUCUUCAAACAGAAACGGGCCGAUUCUUCUCGAUUCUCGUGGGGGCUAUUGGGGAAUUCAGCGAAUUGAGGGACGUUAUGAGGCGAUCACCCAUCCCAGGACAAAUUUGACCUUGUGCCAUCCCCCAAAAAGGAUCCGAGUUUCUCUGGACUAUUCAAAAGGCCUCUUAGCAUUUUUUGAUGGUGACACGGACGCUCAAAUCUUCGCUUUUCCAAAAGAAAAUUUUAAUGGAGAGACGGUUUACCCCUGGUUCUUGAUCUAUACAUGGAAUGAACAGCUUUUCCUUCACCCAUGAUACGGUGGAGCAAUGGGCUCAUCGCGUUGGAAGAGCUUCACACCAUCUGCCUCCAGCUCACCUCCACUUGUUCUGUUUCUCUUUCUGUUUCUCCACCCCAUUUCUCUUUCCUUUGCCUUCAAUUUCUUUUGUCCUUCUUUUUCCCCCAUCUCCAUCCAAAAUAGCCCCUCCUCCAUAAUCACCAAGAUCUCUUUUAGAUCAACAAUUUCCUGAACUGCAAUAAUUAGUUAUGCUUCAAAGUAAAUAAUAAUAAUAAAAAUAACGAAAAAGAA